CCACCUGAUAUUUCAUGUAUUUCGUCGUAAAAGUAAAACCACAAGUUGGUGUCUGCAGUCACAGAGUAUAAUGGAAACAGGGGUAAAGAUCUUGUCACUCCUCCCCUACAUACCUACAAUUCACCUCCCAUUUGCUAACUUCAGAACAGAAAAGACCGAACCAGAGAACAGUAAUACAUACAUUGCUGCAGAGGCCAAGGCAGAAAGAAAAUUACAAUCAAAAUCCAAUAAUCAGACAAAUGGAUCCCAGCCAGUCUUUCAGUCACACCCGGCCAUAUCCAGGACAGUGCGUGGUCGGUGUGCAGCCUGCAGUUUUUGUGACCCCCAAUCCACCGGCCAGUCUAGUGCCAGAUCACUUAGCCUACUCUAUCUUUACCAUGCUGUGCUGCUGUUUACCUCUGGGCAUUGCUGCACUGGUUUUCUCCUGCUCUACUCGAGAUGCCAUCUACUCAGGACAGCAAGAAUUAGCAAAGAAGAACUCCAGAACAGCGCUCAUGCUGAAUCACAUCGGCCUUGGGAUUGGCAUUGUUUUUAGUGUAUUGGUUAUUAUCAUCCAUAUGGCGAAAUAAAGAUAAAAGCUGUUAGAGCUGACAUGGCUGGAUGCAGAUUACAAACAGA